AUGGAGCUUGCGAAGGCCAAGAGAAAGGGUCGACCACCGAAAGUCCCGCUGAAGGAACGCACCUUUUACGGCUGCAGCAACAUCGACGAAUAUGAUCUCGGCGUUAAACUUGGCCAAGGCACUUUCGGCGAGGUCAAGAAAGCCAGACAUACCAAGUCCGGCGUCGAAGUCGCACUGAAGAAGGUGACAAUCCACGAGGAGAAGGACGGGAUGCCAAUAACGGCUAUUCGCGAAAUUAAGCUCCUUAAGCGUCUCUCGCAUCCAUCGAUCGUCCCCGUCAUCGACAUGGCUUAUCGUGCGCCCAAAGAACGAGGCAAAAUGGGCGACGUGUACAUGGUAGAGCCGUACAUGGAUCAUGAUCUCAACGGCAUGCUGGAGAACCCUUCGAUUCAAUUUACGCCCGCGCAGAUCAAGCUCUACAUGAAGCAGCUCUUCGAAGGAACACUCUACCUGCACCAGAACAAGAUCCUGCACCGCGACAUGAAGGCUGCCAAUUUGCUCAUCAACAACGAAGGCCAGCUCCAGAUUGCUGACUUUGGUCUCGCUCGGCCCUACCACGAUCCGGGAAAGGCGUGGCUCGGCGAGCAAGGCUGGAACGGCGGUACGCACCCCUAUACUGCGAUGGUGGUCACGCGAUGGUAUCGUCCACCUGAGCUGUUGGCCGGUGACCAAAGGUACGGACCGCCGAUUGACAUGUGGGGCCUUGGGUGCAUCCUGGCAGAGAUGGUCAACCGCAAGCCGAUCUUCAAGGGCAAUUCGGAAAUCGAUCAGCUGGCUCUUAUCUCUCAGCUCUGUGGCUCACCCAAUGACGACAACUACCCAGGAUGGAGCCAGCUGCCUGGUGUCAAGGACGCCGAUCUUCCCGCCCCUGGUGGUCAAGGGGCCGGUGAGCGCAAGAUUGACCUUCCCCCCGUGCACGAUUUCGGCAAUCAUCCUCGAUGCCUCGCCGACCUCAUCGACAAGCUCCUGGUCUUAGAUCCUCGAAAGAGGUAUACGGCCCAACAAGCCCUCGAUCACGAAUGGUUCUGGCAGCCGCCUUUCCCAGCCGAUCCA